AUGUCGGCCUACACCGAGCAGGUGCUCAUCGACAAGCUGCGCUUGCUUAGCGACUCCCAGCAGAGCAUACAAACUCUGUCGCAUUGGAUCAUGUACCACCGGAAGCGGCACCACACCAGUGUGGAAAUAUGGAAACGCGAGCUCUUCAAGGCCCCCAAGGACAGGCGCCUGUUGUUCCUCUGGCUGGCCAACGAUAUCGUGCAGACCAGCAAGAAGAAGGGGAACGAGUUCAUCAAAGAGUUUGCCAAGUUCUUGGAGCCUGAUUCCAACGACAAGGUGAAGAGGCAAAUCGGGCGAAUGCUGGACAUCUGGGUGGAGCGCAACAUCUACGCCAAGGACUUUAUCGACACGCUCAAGGCUCAGCUGCUGGAGAAGGCCAACAGCACGCACGCCACCGCCACCGCCGCCACCACGCCGGCGGGAUCCUCCACCGGGGAAGGCGGCCAGAUCCAGAUGGCCUUUGGCAAGGAAACGGCCAUCGCCAAGGCCAUGCGCGAUCUGGAGGAGGCGGCCAUCGCCCAAGACCUCAGCGCAGAGAAGGUGGCCAACCUCCGCACGGGCCUCAUGGACGGGCGCCUUCUGAAGCAAGCCACCCAUCCCAAGGACAUCGCAGCACUCGCUGACGAGAUCAACGAAGCCAGCCACGUGCUUGACCAGUAUCGGCGGAGUUUGGAGAGCGACCUGGAGAAGCGAGGGAACUUCAUCACCAUGCUCACCGAGUGCAUCGUCCAGCAGGAGAACACCAUGAACCAAACCACCAACGUACUCCAGGACUGCCUCCAACAGCUGGCCAGAGCCGAGGAGCUCAAAAACCAGAUCAAGCAGCAGCAGCAGCAGCAGCAGCAGCAGCAGCAGCAGCAGCAGCAGGGACCCGUCACACCGGCCGAAGAGCCGCCCGUGGACGACGAGGACGAUGUGAUCCUGGACGCCUCUGCGACCAACCCCUACAAGAAACAAAAGCUCCUAUGGGCCAGGACCACCACGUGCAGCCUCUCCCCUACGUGA